ACCGCCUCCUCCCGCUGCUGCGGGGCUGCUGAUGGGGAAACGGGGCGGCCCCGCCUUAUCCCCUGCCCGGCGCCCGGUCGCCGGUUUGAGGGGCUAGCGUGUGCGCCGCGUUCCCGGGGAGGCGGCCGGGCUUGGGCUGCGGGAGCGGGGCGGGCAGCCCUCGCCCGUCGCUCACCCCUCAGAGCGGCGCUGAGGUGCGGGGGCGAUCCCUCCAGACCCCGCCGGUUGUCUGUCCCUCCCCACCAAGACCGCUUGGGCGGUAGUUUGCGCAUCGAGAAGUUAUUAUCUUGGUUACGACCCAGUGCUUCAUGUUUCAGAAUUCUUCAUUUUGAACUUGUAUUAAAAUAGCGCACCUAAGAAGAUGUGCAGUACAGAUCCCCUAACAAAUCCAGAUAAAAACUCUUUCAGAAAGAGGGGGAGGAAUAGGAGUGCAUCUUCUGCUGCCUGGAAGAAAAUAGCAGGAGAUGAAGAUGAACCCGAGCGUUUUGAUGGUCUUUCUCUCUUAUACUGGACUAUUAUGGGCCCUCAUGGAAUCAAUCGAGCUGUUCACCGCAUUUCUUUUUCUGAUUGUCAAAACGGAUUAGGAGUUAAAAUUAUUGGAGGUUAUCGGGCACAAACAGCAGAAGAUUAUGGGAUUUUCAUAAAGAGAAUUCUACCCGGAGGGGUUGCUGCUGUAGAUAGCCGUUUGCUUGCUGGUGACCUAAUUUUGGAUGUCAAUGGAGAAAACCUAAUUGGAGUAACUAAUGAAAGGGCUGUUGACAUUUUGCGAACAGCAUCAGCAUCCAAUCACAUGUCUCUGCUUGUUGCCAGAGAUGAAGAAGCAAAGAAACAAUUUCAUGACCUGAUGGAUAAGUAUGGCUCUCACAGCGACACCAGCUCUGCAAGAAGUUCUCCAACACAACUAUUAGCUGCCAAAUCUAUAGACAGCCCUUCUUCUGGGUCAUCCUCAAGGUCACAGAGUCCUCAGUUGCAUCCGAAGGAUAAUAUCACCACCAUCAGCAAAAAUAAUUCUGUCCCAGCACCAUCUCCAAAUCUUGCAAAGGAUAGUGCAUUUCAGAUUAUCUCUGUUUGCAAAGGAACAAGCCUGGGUUUGAAUAUUGUAGGAGGAAUUAACAGAAAUGAAGGGCCUUUGGUAUAUAUUCAAGAUAUUAUCCCCGGCGGUGAUUGCCAUAAGGAUGGACGAUUGAGACCUGGAGAUCAACUUGUAUCCAUAAACAAAGAGUCAAUGAUUGGUGUUUCCUAUGAAGAGGCAAAAACUAUAAUCAACAGAACAAAGAUGAGGUUUGACAGUUUUUGGGAAAUAGCUUUUAUUAGACAAAAGAAUAUUCCCAGUUAUUCAGAGGAUCUGCAACGUCCUUCCAGCCUCUUAACGCCUUCUGUAGCAAAUGGAGAGCAGCAGGCUGCAGUACUUAGUUCUCUUGCAACUCCUAAUGGGAAGCUUGUUUCAACGUUUGCUCCGAAUGCUAUGGAAACUGGGGUCAAGACAGGACAGCAAUCUCCAAUUACUUCUCUAGACAGCAGUCCUGCUGAUGUGUCUGCCACGGUUAUUGCCCCGAGCCAGAAUGGUGACUGUGAGCUGCAAGGAAGGGACUCCACUCUUCAUCUCAAAGCAGAAAAGCUGGAGAGGGCAUUGAAUUAUCUUGGGAUUCAGCCCACAGAUGAACAGCAGCAAGCCCUGAGGCAGCAACUUCAGAAAGAUUCUAAAGGAACAGUGUCUUUUGGAGAUUUUGUUGACGUUUCAAGGAAUCUGCUCUCUAUGCAGUUGAAUGCGACGGAUGAUGGCCAAAAAUCUGUCACAUUUGGGGUCAAUGAAAUUGCCAGCUUUCUGGAUUCACAGUUUGUAACCUCUGAUUCUUUGGAGGAUGACGUGGAAAGACUUAAGAAAGAAAGAAAUGAAGCUUUAAAAGAAAUUAGUAAAUUAAAGGAAAAAUUAUCUGAAUCCCUGAAUUUACAGAAACAAUUAACAGAGGAGCUACAAAUAGUCAAGCAAGAAGCCAAGGCAGCUGUAGAAGAGACACGAGCCCUGCGAAGCAGGAUUCACCUGGCAGAGGUGGCACAAAGGCAGGCUCGUGGGAUGGAGAUGGACUAUGAAGAAGUAAUUCGCCUAUUAGAAGCUGAAAUUGUAGAGCUGAAGGCUCAGCUCACCGAUCAUUCUGGCCAAAAUAAAGAUAACAUCCAAGACUUGAGAAAGAGAGUUACAGUGCUUGACUGCCAGCUGCGGAAAUCUGAGUCGGCCAGGAAGACCUUUGAGGUGGCUACUGAAAAAUUGCUGCAAUUUAUAGAGGUUGUGCAUGAAAUACUUUCAGAUAACUCUACUUCUUCGACACUUUUAAGCGACAGAAGAGCAACACUGUCUACUAAAGCAUUUCUUGCACGCCUGGGAAGGAUUGGACCUACUGUCACAACAGCCCUUGCAGCAGAAGCCAGAGACCUUGCCAAGUCUGUCCGUGCCAUUUUGGAAGUAGAUUGUGAGUUUGCCUUAUGGAUGGGAAGAAGCUUAUACAGCAGACGGAAUCAAGUACUUUAUCAAUACAUAUCUUGAUGACUCAGCAGAAAGCUCGAUUUGCUGAAUACGCGCAAGACGUGUCUUUGAAAUUCUGCACUUGGAUGCUGAGCUGCUGCAGAUGUGAGGAGCAGAUGCGUAUUAGCCACAGUAGAAUCUCAACUCGUCUAGGUGGGGGAAGCCUGAUUCGCAGAAAACAUCAGAUGUUUUGCAUAUUAUCUCCACUUGCUGAAACUACAGAUUUGAAUUGAGUAGUUCACAUGAAAAAGCUUUUUCAGGAAUUUUUGCAUAUCUGAUCUUUGAUUGUUAAUGACUGAGGAAUGUUUUUGCCUCUUCUUAAUGUGCUCCUAGCUUUACAAGUGAUGGUACUGCAGGUUUUCUGUCAUUGUUACCUUCUGAAAUCUGUCCUAUAUAGUUCUGCCUGCCAGUCUUCACGUGGCAGGCAAGGAAAUUCUAUCCAUUUUAGUUUCAGAGAGGGGUAUGAAAUCACUCUUCAUGACCACUGUUUAAAAACCUCUGUUCUGAAUGGAGCCACCCCUCCGAAGUUGUGUUAAGAGCUCUGAAUGCAGUUAAUUAGAGUGGAAUGAACUGAGCAUUGCAAUAAGACAUCAUGGUGAUUAAUAUUCCUUUUAACUAUUUCCUUAUUUUGCUGUCACCGCUGUUUCCAAACGCCUUUACAAAGCAUAAGUCGGGCUUUUCGCAUGCUUGAAAACUCCUACCUCUUACUACACUUUGUAAUGUGUACUUACUAAGCCUGAGAAAGUGAACCAUUUAGAGCAAGGAGCAGGGGUUGCAAAAGUCCCUUGUUUCUAACAUUGAAAGGUAGAGAUUUCAUGAUGAAAAUUCUAAUCAACACUAAAAAUACCCUUUUCUAGGAGGAACUUAGCUUGAGGUGCAUCUUAUCAGCUGAUCCUUUUCAGUAGGAUUUAAUCUAAUUGUUUAAAUGGGGAUUAGCAGAAUAGUUGAUACUUUACAGCCCUGGUAUUAAUGCUGUAACCUUCUUGUUCUCUCUGGCUGUGAAUUUCAAUCCUUUUAUUCUUUGGUGUUUAGAACAGCCAAGGCCAUGAGGUGCUUAAGAGUAUUUCAACGCUAACCCACUUCCAUGUGUACAAACAGAUGGAAAAACAAGUUAUAAUCCCCAAAGUGUAGCCACAAACUGAUGUUAUCUGUGAAUUGUUGGUUUUCUUCUUGUGCAGUUGGGCAGUGAGGCUAUAUAGAAGCUGGAAUGGCUCUCUUUAAACUCACAGCACUUUUACAAUAUGCUAAGGACAAUCAAAUAUUAUUUUAAUUAGUGGUUGCCUUCAGUUCCAAUGUGCUUUAUUGGGCCAUCAAAUAGCUGAGUCCAUAAAUCUCUAUGUUAUAAAUCUAAUGCAGUAAACACCCCAGAAUGGAAUCUUAAUAGCACAUAAGCUUGAGACAGCUUGCUGUGAAAUUUCCAUAAAUAUCUCUGAAGGGGGUGUAGCAAUAUGAAGUGCAUGAGAAAACAGAGUUUAAAAGAAGCAAACCAGCUGGCUUGUGUUACACACUAAAGUGAAACCCACUUAUGUGAAUAACUGACAUGAAUAAAACAUUUACAUGGCUAUAUUCCUGAGGGGCCGAACAGCUCUCUGUACCUACCAGGAAAAGCUGUAGCUUGCCCAUGAAUACUAACCUUAAGACAGUCUUUGAAAUCACCUCUUUCAGUCAGGAAAUCACUUCAGUCUCUCAGUAACUGAUUUGCAAUCAACCAGGUUGCUAAUAACAGUGACAGAGUACUGGCGAGUGUGAGAAAAACGACCUUUUAGACUGCUGGUGUGUCUUACAACAUAAUUUAACAGUUAUCAGAUGGACAAAAAUUACACUAGUAGACUAAAAGUUUGGGAUCAGCUUCAUUGCUAGUAGAACUGAGAUUUCCUAAGAGUAAAGGUUGAGUUUGGCCCCAGCCAGGUUUUAAGAUAACCUAGUGUAAUUUAAAGUAAUGGAGAGAGGAAGCACUGUUUUAUUCUGCGUGUAGCAAUGCAGUCAGUCAUAUCCAAUUUAUACGUAUCACCAGAUUGAUGCCCCAUCAAUUAACGUGUAAUAGAAACACAUUCCUGGUGCCUGUUUUCUCACCAAUUUACAUUUGACAUUUCUAUCACGGUUUAUAUCGGCCUUUUUGAUUAAGAAGAGUUGCGAUUCUGACCUCAUUUGCUCAAAGUGACAAUUGAAUGUAGCCUAAUGGGGUUUUCAGCAGUCCAUUCAAAUUCCAAGAUCAUAGAGUAAAACCAUAGGAAAGUCGAGCUUGGAAGGGUGUCUGGAGAUCAUCUUGUUUAACCUUCUGUUGAAGCGUAAGUAAUCCAGAGCCCAAGUCUUGGGUAUUUCCAAUGAGGGAGAUUCCACCACCUAUCGGGGCACCCUGUUCCAAUGUUUAAUUGUCCUCAUGGUGAAGAACAUUUUUUUAACGUAGACAGAAUUUCCUCUGAAGCAACUCGUGCCCAUUGCUUCUUGUCCAUCACCGUACAUCUUUGUGAGAAGAGUGCCUCCAUUUUCUUUAUAACUACCUUUUAGAGACCAGAAGACUUUGAUUAGACACCCACACCCCAGCCCCUGAGCUUUCUCUUCUCUAGACCAAACAAACCCAAUUCCUUCAACCUUUCUUCAUGUGCCAAGUUCUCCAUCCCUCUAAUCAUCUUGAUGACCCUCCACUGGAUCCUCUCCAGUUGUUCCAGUGUCUGUUUUGAAUUUGGAGGACCAGUGUACUGAAGAGACCCCACGUAAUAAGUUACAUGUUAAUUAAUUUUACGUACUAGAUGAUGAAGAUGGCCGUUCUUCUGUUGUGAUAAAUUCAAUUACUUGUGUUCUAAUAUAAAUUCCCCUCCCAAAUAGACAUUUUGUCUGUAAAACCCAGAAAUACAAAGGGGCUGACAAGCCCCCGUGAUGUAUCACCCACAUCCAGACGUGUGUGUGUGCACCAACCAGUCAGCCAGAAGGCAUUGGGAUGGGAAAAGCUUUGUAAGAGAAGCUUCCCCUUGUUCACUUUUAAAGCUGGUGAUGUGGCUGGGUUUGCCCAGGCUUAGUUCAGCUGUAACACUGAAUGAGUUUAUUAAGUGUCGUAACCAUUAUUAGAACAAAAUCCUGGGUUUGAUUUUUAAAUAGGAAGAAGAGUCUAUGCAUAACUUUGCUCUCCCAGUGAAGUACCACAGAUGCUAAUUAAUUAAUGGUUAUACACUGGUGGUUUAGAAUCAUACAGGAACAGUAUAAAAAAGCAUACCUAGGAUGCCAAUUUUUUCCCAGAAAACGCAUUAUAGUUAAUCUCUUCCAUCCUUCCACUAUGUUCACCUUUAACAUAUGGCAGCUCUGUAUCAUGAGACUGGCACCUAAAAUUAGGUAAGGCCUUGCUAUUCUCCCUCCCACUCCCACCCACUCCUUGCAUAUGUAUACAGUUUGUAAGGACCAGCUGUGAAUUUUGCCCCUGUAAACACUGUUUUUCUAGCUUUUUAAGAGGACUAGGCUCCAGCUAUUCCACAUUAACUGUUAUUUUCCUCAAGAACAUUUAUCUUAAAUUAGAUUUUCCUGAAAAGCAAGGAAAAGUUCUGAGGUAUUUUCAUAUUUUUGGAUCUUUUCCCUUAGAUAUAUUAGGGUCUGUGGUGUUUUCUAUCUUAUACCAAAGGGGAAAUGGUAAUAUUUGAUUUAGUGUUACCUUUCAGCAGAAAGUUUCAUAUGCAAGUACAGUGUGCUUCAGUGUGACAGAAUAGACAAUGGAAGUGUUCUGAGAGUUCACUGGUACAAGUGAGAAUAGAAUUUGGUUCAUAUUAAGUAAGAGACUUAAGUCAAUACUUGUAAAAUACAAAUAAUAAAAACCAUAUGUGAUGUGU